CCACUAGACACCUCCAUAAGCUUACUAUUUUCAUCCCAUUGAACUACGAAUAGGUUGCCCAUAUGCGUCGUAUUUUAGUAAGCAGUAUUCUCUCUCAAUCCGCAAUGCGUCUUUCCUCCUCAGGUUCCACAGGUCUAAACAAUCCCAAGGUUGAAGAGCUUGCAACAGCCUACUCGCAACUCACAUUGAAAGAACUCUCGGACCUGCAGCGGCUCAUUUUCAAAAAGCUUGGGCACAGUGAUGAAUUCUACGAAAAGGCUCUCUUAAAAGGACUAGGUGGUGGUGGUGGUGGUGGUGGCAAUGUAACCGUGGCAGCGGCACCGGCAGUAACAGCUACGCCUGAAGCCGCGGCGACGGACACUGCCGCAGAACAUGUAAAGGAGAAGAAAAAGAUUGAGAAGAACACCUUCGAUGUCAAGUUGGAUAAAUACGCGCCAGAAAUAAAGAUAAAGUUGAUCAAAGAGCUGCGCACGGUGACCAAUCUUAGCAUUGCUGAUGCCAAAAAAGCGAUAGAGAAGGCCCCUGGCCUGGUUGCCAAUAACAUGCCUAAGUCGGAUGCAGAGAAAUUGAAGGAGCUUUUUGAGAAGUUAGGAGCAAAAGUAGAACUUUUAUAG